AUGGUUCUGAAGAUGAGUUCAAGAAUUCAAGUCUGCAUGCUCCUGAUUUUGACUUUUUGCCAAAUUUGUUCUGUUUCAGCGCUAACAAAUGGUUUAGACGCUUCUGCUUUACAAGCCUUGAAGAGUGAAUGGACCAGGUUUCCUGAGAAUUGGAAAGGCUCUGAUCCUUGUGGAACCAAUUGGGUUGGAAUUACAUGUAACAAUAACAACCACGUUAUUUCAAUAUCAUUAGGCAACCUUAACUUGGAAGGAAAGCUUUCUGCCGAUAUUUCUUCGUUGGCUGAACUGCAGAUCUUGGAUUUGACAUCUAAUUCUAAAUUGUCUGGAUCGCUUCCAUCAAAUAUUGGUAACCUCAGGAAGUUGACUACCUU